AUGGGGGCAGGGGUGGGGGCGGCUGGACCCUCCGAGGGACAGACACACCCCUGGCCCGGGCAUCAGGACAGAGGCCGAGCCGCCUCUGCCUGCCCCGCAGGCCAGGAGAAAGACACACGGGGACCCCGCAGUCUGGCCUCCACGGCUCUGACCACUGGGGCGGGAGUGAUCAGCCCGCUCAUGUCAGCAGCGCAGCUGAGGCCAGACGGCCGCCUCCACAGAGACGCUGUGCAGCCCCCACCCCCCGCCCCACGCUGGUGCCCUCUGGGGGACACGUGGGCCUCUGGUUUUAAGAAGAAAGCUGGGCAUGCAGUGCCGUCACCGUGGCUGCAUGUUCACUGGCAGCCUGAGGACUUCACCGCGCAUGUUUCUGAGGCAGAGCAGGCCAGUGUGCUGGCCAGGUGCGAGGGCGGACCUGCAGGCUUGACUCAGCCGGUGUAG